UGGCAACGUGUCCUCACACGAACACAACAAUUACUUGAAGGGGAUUAUCUCCUCAAUGCUGCAAAGCCAUGAGUAGUAGCUGUAAAAACUUUAAUGGGAAUUUUGUGCAAUGUCUACACAUUUUUUAAUAAGAUGAUGUAUGACAUGCUUAAGUUUGGUACAAUACUAUGAAGUAUGAAUGAGAAUAGUCCUAAUUCCAUGCAUGGUGCGAGGAGGUUUUGUACAAAUAUUAUGAACUGGAGGUGGAGUCUACUGGAUAUUUAAAUAUGAGCCACAGGUGGAAGGAACUCUGAAGACCUUUUCCUCCUCCGAUCAGGCAGCUGGUAAGAUUCAUGUUUUCAUUAUUAUGCAAACGACAUCCAUAAUGAGCUGAAAAAUGACAUAUUGUCAAAUAAAGUGAUAGACCAGGGUCGGUAUUUGUAAAUUGCAAUUAUUUUAAGCAUUUGAUUUAAACAAAAAAAAAAACAUGUUGGCGUUUAGUAAGUAGGAACAAUUAUUUUCCGUCACCGGAAGUUAGAUAUUCGGAAUCAAAUACUCAGCAGCCCCUGAGGACCAUACUAUUCGAUGUGUCCUUAGGGGUGAUUCGUGUAUCGUAAUAUCGACUUUAGGUCUGAUUUGUGCUACAUGUGCAUCAAAAAAAUGCCCCUCUUUAAAAUAUUAUAUUUAACAUGUUAUACACGAAGUUUUAUGGUCCAUAAAAGCGUGAAAUGGUGGUAUAAUUUCUAAUAAGACCCCCUUUCCCCCUCCAGUUGAGACUGCCGAAUGCUGUCUCUGUAAAUGAAAGACGUUGUUCCUCUGGUCAGUUUCUCCUGCUGCGGUCUCUGCUUAGCGAGAGGAAAUGUUUAAAUAACGGCCAACAUGGACUGAAAAAAAAAGUAUGAUGGCUGUUUGUCUCAUGGCAGGACCGUGGAAAAGUCAUUUAUCAGACGUCCAUAGCGCAUGAAUACACCAACUCUGAACCCCGGACGGCACUUCCUGUCCAUCCGCCACUCAGCUCUUCUAGCACAGAGUCAGAGGAGCAAAGGUGAGCGUUGGCCAUGGAGGCUGCCUGGCUGCACUGCUUUAUUCUAACCGCGAUAACGACACUGUCAAGUGUGUGUGUCACACAUGCAAAGCAAACAAGAUGGCCUUUAUACUCCCAGACGCCGCUUCUUCUCGUUUGGAACGCACCUACUCAGGACUGCGCCCCGCGCCACGGAGUCACUUUACCUUUGGAGCAGUUUCACAUGGUGGCCUCGCCCAACGAGGGCUUCACCCGGCAGAACCUCACCAUCUUCUACAAGGAGCGCUUGGGCUUGUACCCGUACUACGAGCGGGACGGCACCGCGGUCCACGGUGGCCUCCCGCAGCUUGCCAGCCUCACGCAACACUAUGAGAAGAUGCCGGAAGACGUGGAGAGAUACAUACGUGACCCGGCCGCAAAAGGUUUGGCUGUCAUCGACUGGGAAGAGUGGCGGCCAUUGUGGAUCAGGAAUUGGGACUCCAAAGACAUCUAUCGGAGCAAAUCCCGGGAGAUGGUGCUGAAGAAGAACCCGACAUGGACCCAGGAGCGAGCUACAAAGGUGGCCCAGCAGGAAUUUGAGCUGUCGGCACGGAAAUUCAUGCUGGAGACUCUGAAACUGGCAAAGAGCCUGCGGCCCAAUAAUCUGUGGGGCUUCUACUUGUUUCCGGAUUGCUACAACCACGACUACAGGAACGGGUUGAAGAACUACACGGGUCGCUGCCCCGCGCUGGAGACGGCCCGCAACGACCAGCUCAACUGGCUGUGGAUGGAGUGCACGGCGCUCUAUCCGUCCAUAUAUAUGGGAUCUGUGCUGGGCUCCACCCAAUAUGGCCGCCUCUUUGUGCGCAACCGGGUGAAGGAGGCCAUGCGCCUGGCAUCUGUCGGCGAUGGAUUAGCACGCCCCGUUUUUGUCUACACCCGACCCACGUACAUCAACGAGAUGACCCUCCUCACUGAGACAGACCUGGUGUCCACCAUCGGCGAGAGCGUGGCGUUGGGAGCGGCGGGCGUUAUCUUCUGGGGGGACUCAUCCUACUCCAGCGACAGCGGCUGCUCGGCCCUGAAAGGCUACCUCAGCGGGCCGCUGGGCCACUACCUGCUCAACGUGUCCACGGCGGCGGAGCGGUGCAGCCGUGCGCUCUGCCACCUCCACGGGCGCUGCAAGCGCAAGCGGGCGGACGACGCCGAUGCGUACCUUCACCUCAGCCCGUCCACGCACAGCAUCGGCCGCCAGAACGGCCGACUGAAAGUGAGCGGCGAGCUUGGCGAGGCCGAACUGGCGGCUUGGCGCCAACGCUUCCAGUGCCAGUGCUACAGCGGGUACCGGGGGGAGGCCUGCGCUCAGAGAGAGGCGGGGCAGAAUAGAGCCUCCUCUGUUCUGGGAGCCUGGCCGCUUUGCGUCUUACUCCCGCUAGGGCUCCUCACGCUGCUACACUGAGGAAAUGAAGAGAUCCAAAAUAUUCACCGCCGGUGCCAAGCAACAACCGAACAAGAAUAGUUUGGUUGUUUGGCAUAAAACCAUGAUCAAAGAAGAUAGUGCUGCAGAUCCCAUGCUGCUUACCCUAAAGCUGCUUCUGAACAUCUCCAAGUGUUCAAAUCGAAUCAAAAAAGCUUCAUGCUGGCCUCCACUUCAGCAUAUUUUAUUUUAUUGCUUACCAACUGGAGCUUUUCUACUUUAAAUUGUGUUAUAUGCUGGAUACAAGUGUGUCAAACAUUGUCAUUUUUAGGUUAUAUUAUACCAAAAGAUGAUAAAAUGAUCACAAAUCAUCCAUCUGGCUAUGGAAUUUAAUCCAGUCGCAUCAAGAAAACCAAAAUAGUGUAUGUUUUUUUUUUUUUAUGAGAUUUGUAUUGCAGUCUGUGCUAAUGUUUCUCCAGCUCAUGACUGAACCUGCCUUCUUCCUGAUGGUUUACACGCACCUUCCCUAAUGGAUGUUCUAUUAUAGCACAGCCUUCAGUUGCAUAACAGUGUUUUAUAAAAGCCUGUCUGCCUUUCACUUUUUUUUUUUUUUUAAUCAGAAAAAUUUAUUCAGGGGCAAAAUAUGAUCAUCAAGUUCUUCCAUAUAGAGCUGGGAAAGGAAAUCAAAAGAAUGGAUCAUUGGAAAUCCAAAAACACAUCAUGUGCUCCGUAUUUUUGUAUAUCUCCGUACAUCCAUCAUUUUAAAUGCACCAACAUCUGGUUGUAAGACUUAAAAUUGCAUCAUCAUUUCAUUUAUGUCAGAGUUCCUGCUAAAGCAACUGUGAUGCGGCAUCACCAUAUGCAGUACAACGAUAGAUAAGAUUUCUAUGUCAUUAUUGGUCGCUAUCCGGGUCAUUUAUGUAUACAGUAGGUUGCGUAUGGUAUUUAUUCGAUAAGCCAGCAGGCAAAAAGGGUGUUUGGCUAACAAGAUGUUUGUAGAGGCCACCACACAGUAGAAUGUUUACUAUGCGGCCAACUUCAUGACACUGUGCACUUUAACGCCGUUUUCAGUCACAUGACGUUUGUACUGGGUACAGAUACGGGCAUAUGUCAUUACUUUUCUCUCUGCUGGUGUUUGAUGACAUGUUUUAUAUUCUCUCAUCAGGUACUUUUUUUUUUUUACAUUAAAGAUCAUUUGAAUUUAUGUUUGGACUUACUGCUCAAAUGUGCAUUGCAGUGUAAAUUAAUGACAAUAUAUUGCCAUUUUUUUUCUCAGCUAUGACAUAUAUUCUACCUUUUCAGUCCUGCAUAAGAGUGGAAUACAAGAUAUGUAGGAUGAUGAUUUAUCUAUUUUAUCAGUGAUGCUAAUGUCAUUUUUCAACCCAGAAUUACUAUAAAAUGAACCAAAUGAAUUAUGAUGAAUAUUUCACGUUAAUGGAGAUUUUAAAAAAAGGUUUAUGUUUUUCAAGUGUGCACGGGUAGGGGCUACAUGGCCUCAGGUCAAAUGUCUGAAGGGGUACACCACUGUAAAAAGUUUGUUGUUCUGCAUCAACAUAUUAGCAUUAAAGUUCGCUACAUCAGACAUCUUUAAAGUAUCGUAAGAUUAGAAUACAUUUAAUAACGUAAAGAAAAAUAAAACAAUUAAAAAAAUAAACAUCGAGGCUAU